AUGGAUAUUACUGCUCGCUUUCAAUACUUCAAUCACUGGACCGACCAGCAACGUCGAGAGUGCUUCGCGCGCGCCAAAUUGCGACAGUUUGAACCCGAGGAAACUAUUUUCGUCGAAGGACGUGCACCAAUCAAUUUUGUCCAUCUGGUGCUCAGCGGAAAAUGCAUGGUGCUUCAAUGUUUGAAAAUGACCAAAUCAAUCACCAAAAACGGAACGAUCAAAUACCGAUUGGCAAGUGCACACCCAAUCGAAGAUGAAAUAACUCAGCUUCACCGGCGACGAAGCUCUCGAAUGGUGGAUCUAGAACGGACCCCUAUGAUGACUACUUCAAAACAACCGUCCCAGUCCGUGAAAUACGAGUAUCACUUCGUGGAUGUUGCCAGCUAUGCGUGUGGUUCGGUGUUCGGAGUUGGCGAGCACAUGGACGACCGCACGGUGGUUGCACGUGGACGAGUUCAGUGUCUGAUGAUACCUCGCUAUUGGCUCAUGCAAAAAUCACAGAACGUAAAUAACGUAUGGAGUCGCAUUCGAAUUUUUCUUGAACAACAGCAACCCUCGAGGGAACAGUUAUUCGAGUGGUUUCUCAACGAGCUCCACUGGCAAAAGUAUCGUCGAAAACUGCGGACGAGUUUCACUGGCAGGCAUGUUAUGGCCAACAAAACGGGAAUCUGGGAUGUACCCUUAUUGUGCAGAAUAGAGCAAGGUGAUGUGUUCAGUUAG